GUCAACCAUUACGGAAAAUCCUGAAAACUCAAUUCAUUUGUUCUUAAGAAAUUGUGGACUAAAAAUGUAUGUUUUUGAAAACUCGAAAACCAAACUCUCCUAUUAUCUCAAAAUCUAUCCAUAGUAGAGUCUAUCAUCUAUGAGCUCGUAUGAGUGAUAUAAUCUAUCUAUAGACUCAUCUAAAUUUUGAUGUUUCGGGAGAUUCAUUCACAUUAUAAUAAAUUUGUUAAUAUUUGACCCAAACAUCAUAUUUGCAACUUGCAAUUGCACACAAAGUUAUUUGUAAAAAAAUUAACCCAAUGUCUUUUUCCUGUUUUGUUGGUUAGAGACUCAACACUCAACCACCAAAGUUGACAACCAGCUUCCCCUUCCAAUGGUUAUAUCAUAAUAUGACUGUCUUAUAUGUACAUAUACAUACUGUUUUCCACUCUAAUUUCUUCCAUAAUUAUCUUUCCUUCUGCCUCACCCAUGAAACCCAAAAACAUCUUCCCCUUUUCAUAUCUUCUUUUUCUUCUUCUUCUUUCAUUUACUUGUUUCUCUCCAACGUUUUGCUUAGCCAAUGAUACCAUCACAUCAGAAAUUUUUAUCAAAGACCCUGCUUCUUUAAUUUCUAGUUCCAGUUCCUUUCAAUUGGGCUUCUUCACACCUCCGAACUCUACCACCCGAUAUGUCGGAAUUUGGUACAUCAACAUUCCUUCACACACAAUAGUAUGGGUGGCCAACAGAGAGAAUCCCCUCAAAGAUGCUUCUGGAAUUUUCACAAUUUCUAUGGAUGGAAAUCUUGUCGUCUUAGAUGGAGACCACACCGUCCUCUGGUCUUCUAAUGUUUCCGCUUCUUCCAAAACCAACACAAGCGCUCGGAUUUUAGAUUCAGGUAACCUUGUUUUGGAAGAUAAUGCUUCUGGGAACAUUUUAUGGGAGAGUUUCAAACACCCUUCUGAUAAAUUCUUGCCUACCAUGAAAUUCAUCACUAACACAAGAACAAAAGAGAUGAUCAAGCUUACCUCAUGGAACACCUCUUCUAAUCCAUCCACAGGAAAUUUUUCUGUAGCACUAGAAGUUGUCAGUAUUCCUGAAGCUGUGAUUUGGAAUAAUAAUGACAACGUUCAUUGGCGAUCGGGUCCAUGGAACGGUCAGUCGUUUAUCGGAAUACCUGAAAUGGACUCUGUUUAUCUCUCUGGGUUUAACCUUGUAAUCCAAAACCAAGAAUACACUUUCUCUGUUCCUCAAAAUUACAGUGUUGAAGAAUUUGGUUUUUUGUUUUUGACCUCGCAAGGGAAUUUUGUACAAUUGUAUUGGAAUCCUCAAGAGAGAGAUUGGAACUUUAAUUGGAUUGCUAUAAAGACAGAGUGUGAUUACUAUGGUACUUGUGGGGCGUUUGGGAUUUGUGAUCCAAAAGCUUCUCCUAUUUGCAGCUGUUUAAAAGGGUUUAAGCCAAAGAACGAAAACGAAUGGAAUCAAGGAAAUUGGGGUGCUGGGUGUGUGAGAAGGACGCCAUUCAAAUGCAUUAAUAACAGUGCUGAAGGAGAUGGGUUUCUAACAGUUGAAAGGGUUAAAUUGCCAUAUUUUGUACAGUGGUCUGAUUUGGGGUUUACUGAAGAUGAUUGCAAACAAGAGUGCUUGAACAAUUGUUCCUGUAAUGCUUAUGCAUAUGAAAAUGGCAUUCGCUGUAUGCUAUGGAGUAAAAGUGAUUUAAUUGAUAUACAAAAGUUUGAGAGCGGUGGAGCUACUCUUUACAUACGACUGCCAUAUGCAGAAUUAGAUAAUACAAAUAAUGGAAAAGAUAAGAAGUGGAUUAGUGUAGCGAUUGCGGUACCAGUGACAUUUGUCAUCUUGAUCAUCAUCGUCAUAUCGUUUUGGUGGAAAUAUACGACUCGCAGAAAGAAAUUAAAAACCACAUCUGACGACGAAGGAAAAGGAAUUUUGGAUCUGCCAAAGGAAGAUGAUAUGAAUAAUAUGAUUGAGGAUGAUAUCAAACAUGAAGACCUACCUUCUUAUGGUUAUGAGGAGCUAGCAAUUGCAACCAACAAUUUUGAUACGAAUAACAAACUUGGGAAAGGUGGAUUUGGUUCAGUGUACAAGGGAAAAUUGUCAAAUGGACAAGAAAUAGCAGUGAAGAAGCUUGAAGGAACCUCCCGCCAAGGGUAUGAAGAAUUUAAAAAUGAAGUGAGACUGAUUUCUAAACUACAACAUAGGAAUCUUGUGCGUUUGUUUGGGUAUUGCAUCGAAAGAGAAGAGCAAAUGCUAAUAUAUGAGUACAUGCCCAAUCUAAGUUUGAAUGCUUUAAUCUUUGGCUCUUCCAAACGUGAAGUACUUUUGAAUUGGAGACAGAGAUUUAACAUUAUUGAUGGAAUUGCUCGAGGCCUUCUUUAUCUUCAUAGAGAUUCAAGAGUAAAAAUCAUUCAUAGAGAUCUUAAAGCAAGUAAUAUUUUGUUAGACCAAGAUUUUAACCCUAAAAUUUCAGACUUUGGCUUGGCAAGAAUUUUGUUUGACAAUGAAAUCCAAGCCAACACUCAAAGAUUCGCUGGAACUUUUGGAUAUGUGUCUCCUGAAUAUGCAAUGGACGGUCUGUUUUCAGAGAAGUCGGAUGUCUACAGUUUUGGAGUUUUAUUGCUUGAAAUUAUCAGUGGGAGAAAAAAUACAGGAUUCCAACCCCAUGAACAAGCCUUAAGCUUAUUAGAACUUGCAUGGACGUUGUGGAUGGAGGACAAUCUUAUUCCUUUAAUUGAAGAAGCAAUAUAUGAAUCGUGCUACCAACAGGAGAUGUUUAGAUGCAUUCAAGUGGGGCUGUUAUGCGUUCAAAAAUAUGUAAAUGAUAGGCCAAAUAUCUCAACUAUUAUUUCAAUGCUCAAUAGUGAAAGCUUAGAUCUACCUUCUCCAAAGGAACUUGGCUUUAUUGGUAAUAGUAGACCAUGUGAAAGUAACAGUACAGAAUCAUCGUCUCAACGAAAUUUAAAUAAAGAUUCUGUAAAUAAUGUUACACUCACCACAAUUGUAGGUCGAUAGUCUAUUGAUUAAGUAAAAAAAACUCAUUUGUUUUAUGUAUUAUCUAAGUUAAUGCAACUUUUUUUUCCUGCUUAA